GUUUCCCGAUUGCUGUUUCUUUCAUGAUCUGCUUUCCUCUUUUCCAUCCAUCUUCAACGGCAUCUUGACCGCGUCUAGUGUCGAAUAGUACCUGAGCCGACAACAGAAUCAGCGCGAAUCAACCUACUACCAAAGUAUACCAUCGUUGGCGGACAAGUAAUCAACCUCUGAUCUUAUAUCAAAGGAAUCAUCUGGACUUUCAGGUUCUCCCCGCCAUGGACCCGGCCAUCGCCGCCCUGCUCGAAAAGAGCGCCGCCGACGGCAUUCCCUUCCGCGCCCGCGCCAACCACGCCCACCACACUUGGGCCAAGACCUUCCACUCGCUGCCGGAACUCUACAUCCAGCCCGAGUCGCUCGCCGAGAUCGAAAAGGUCGUCGACCUCGCCCGCAGGCACCGCCGCCGCCUCGUCACUGUCGGCUGCGGCCACUCGCCCUCACACAUCACCUGCACCUCGAGCUGGCAGCUCAACCUUGACCACUACGCUCGCGUUCUCUCCGUCGACGCCUCCACCGGCCUCGCCGUCGUCCAGAGCGGCAUUCGCCUGCACGCCCUGUGCGACGAGCUCGACCAGAGGGGUCUGGCCAUGCCGAACCUCGGCAGCAUCAACCAGCAGUCCAUCGCCGGCGCCAUCUCCACCGGCACCCACGGGAGCAGCCUCGCCCACGGCCUCAUGUCCGAGGACGUCGUCGCCCUCAAGAUCACCCUGGCCGACGGCCGGACCAAAUCCUGCUCCGCUGACGAGAACUCGGCGCUCUUCCGCGCCGCGCUGCUCUCCCUCGGCGCGCUGGGCGUCAUCACCGAGAUCACCUUCCGCGCCGUGCCGGCCUUCACGCUGCGGUGGACGCAGACCAUCGACGCCGACCGCGCGAUGCUGGACGCGUGGACCAAGGGGGCCCUGUGGACGCAGAGCGAGUUCGUGCGCGUGUGGUGGUUCCCCUACACCCGCCGGGCGGUGACCUGGAAGGCGGACAAGACGGACGAGGAGCACGUCGAGCCGCCCCGGAGGAACUACGACGGCCCACUGGGCUACUACGUCUACCACAACCUGCUGUACCUCGCGCAGCUCGUCCCGCGGAUCCUCCCGUGGGUUGAGUGGUUCGUCUUCGGCAUGCAGUACGGCUUCCGCAACGGGUCGACCGUCUCCGCCGUCCAGCCCAGCCGCGAGGCGCUGCUGAUGAACUGCCUCUACAGCCAGUACGUCAACGAGUGGGCCAUCCUGCUGCACAAGGGCCCGGAGGCCCUCCGCCGUCUGUCGUCGUGGUUGAACCACCUCGGCCCGGACGACCCGGACUACGUCCCGCACGAUAUACCCUUCUCGGCCGCCAGGCUCUUCGUUCACGCGCCGGUCGAGGUGCGCGUGAGCGACACGUCGUCGUCGGACCCGCGCCGGCGGCCGUAUCUUGACCCGACGCGCCCCGACGGCCCCACGCUGUACCUCAACGCGACGCUCUACCGGCCGUACCACGCGGACCCGCCGUGCCGGGAGCGCUACUACGAGGCGUUCGAGUGGCUGAUGAGAGACCUCGGCGGGCGGCCGCACUGGGCCAAGAACUUCGUCGUCAGCGGCGGGACGGUGGGGGCGCUGUACGGCGAGGACUUUGCGCGGUGGCGGUCCGUCAGGGACGAGGCGGAUCCGGAGGGCAUGUUUAUCGGGCCGUGGCACCGCGAAAAGGUGCUCGGUGAGGGCCCGAGGCUCGCGCUGGAGGAGGUCGAGGUUGAGAGGGCCGCGGCGCAGGGGGGCGGGCUGAGGGUCGCCGGCCUCGUGGGAGGGCCGCGGUGAUGCGAUAUCGAGAGACGGGCCGGCAUGAAGAUCCGCGCACCCGGUCUCUGUACGAUGACAUGACGGUCGAUGUUUUCGCCCUAGUGGGAUAAGCCACGAAGCAUACAUCGCCCAUUCGCGAUGGGACGCUCGAGCGUCCAGCCUACAAAGCCGCAUCGCAACGGCGUCCCUGGUCCCAGUCAGCUUUCACCCCCCACUCCAAAGGAGUAUAUUGUUGAGUAUUCCCUGUGCCAGGUGAUGCUCAAACAUGCACUUCUCUCCCCAAGUAGUCUCCCUGAGGAGUCUCAUGCUCAGCGCUGGUAGGGGAGAGAACUCCGCAUCCCCACAGACUGUCAGUACUCCCAAUGCUUCACAAGUUUGGCCUUUGGCCUUUGGCCUCUUUCUGAUCACGGCGUCCUCGCGUGCUUUUCUCUCCGAUGUAAACCCCGUGAUGUGAGCCUAACCCGUCGCCGACGACGGCUGCUUCAGCCCGUGGGAGCGCGGCUGUUUUCACUUCGUCGUGCUAUUGGAGCAGGGCGUCCUAUCCAAAGUCGUGCUGGUCUCACUCCCACACCCCGAUCCUUCUAUUCUCGGAUUUACCAUCCACCAUCU